AUGAGUGAAAUUGUUUUUAAUUCAGACAUUAUUGAAAUUGAUGUAAGUUGCUUCCUCAAUUGUUCAAAAUUGAAGAAAAUUGAGUUACCGUAUGUUAACUACAUUCCACCAUAUUGCUUUGCAGGAUGUUCAUCUUUAACAGAAAUCAUAUUAGGUCAAAAAUCAUCAAUUAUAAGUCUUGGCUAUAACUGCUUUAUGAAUUGUACAAGUUUAGAAUCAAUAUCAUUUAAUGAUAAACUUAAUUCUAUUCCAUCACAGUGUUUUGCGUAUGGUGGACUCAAAAUUUUUACUAUAACAAACAAAAUAUUGAUAAUCGGAAGUAAUGCUUUUAUUGGAUGCACUGAUUUGAUAAUUUCUAUUUCUGAAGAUCAUCCAAUUUUUUAUAUUACGCAAACGGAAAUUAUUAUGAAAAAAUCUAACACGUUAAUUUCAAUUUUUAAUAACAAUUUAUCAUCAGUAGUUAGGAUAACCAACUCAGUCCAAGACAUUGAUUCAUUUGAUUUAGAUGGAAUCGUUUAUACAAAAACAAAACUUAUUAUUUUCCCAGAAUCACUUGACAGUAGUUAUAUCGAUCCGGCAUCUAUGUGGGAUAGUUAUGUAACAAGUUUUUGUAAAGAAGGUUACAAAUCCAUUUCAUUUUGGGAUUCCGACGCAAGAAAUUAUUAUUAUUCUAAUUCAUCCGGAUAUAUGAAAUUUAGAUUGCAUGAAAAUAGAGUUGAGACCAAUUAUGAUGACUUCUAUAAUUUGAAACCAGGAUUUUAUUCAAAUCAUUUUUAUGAUUAUGCUGAAAGAGAAUUCAACAUGCAAACUGCUAGAGGAGACUGUUUCAAGCUUGAAAAUAUAUCAUUAAAUGAAAGUAGCUGUAAUGAAAGCAAUAAUUCAUUUAUAAUGAAUGAAGAAGAGAUAUAUAAACAAAGUGGAAAAUAUAAAAUAGAAUUUGCUUUCCUUAUUAUAUUCAUUAUUCUCACAGUCUCAGCUAUUUCAUUAAUAAUUUAUUAUCAAAUACUUUUACAUAAAUCAACGGCAUAUAUUGAAGGCAAUGAUGAAAAAGAAGAAUAA